AUGAAUGUUAGGCGUAAUAAGCCGCGGCGGCGAGUCGGACGCGUCGAGUAUGUGUAUGGGCACGCGCUGGACGUGUCGAACACGUCGGGUCCGCGACGUAGCCCCGGCCCUCGCGGCGGGGGCCAGUGCUCCUUGACGGUGUGGCCGGCGAUCGCCCCCGCAGGCCUCGGCACCGAGCUUCAUCCGGGAGCCAACUGGACCGUCGACGAGUCGGUGUUCGACAGCCCGGCGUCCAUAUGGGGGCGCACCGGCUGUUCCUUCGACGCGGCAAGUAGUGGGCUGUGCCGGACGGCGGACUGUGGCAGCGGGCUUCGGUGCGCGAGCACCGUCCCUGAGACGCCGGUGACCAGGGCCCAGGUGGCCAGCUCCGAGGGCUUCUACCACUACGGCAUCACUACGUACAAGGGGUUCAACCUGCCGCUGGACCUCGCGUGCAGCUCCGGCCCGUACGUGGAGUUCAACGAGCACGCCCGCAUCGCGGCUGGGAGCCGGCUCCAGAUCAUCUUCUGCCCAUGA